UCUUACCCCUUCCCCCCCUCCCUCCCUCGGGUGAACAUGACGGAGCCGCAGUCAGCGCUCCUGCUCCGCCGGCAACUGGCAGAGCUGAACAAGAAUCCUGUUGAUGGGUUUUCAGCGGGUUUGAUCGAUGACAAUGACCUAUACCGAUGGGAAGUGCUUAUCAUAGGCCCUCCUGACACUCUCUAUGAAGGCGGUGUGUUCAAAGCUCAUCUCACCUUCCCCAAAGACUAUCCUCUGAGGCCGCCAAAGAUGAAAUUCAUCACAGAAAUCUGGCAUCCAAACGUUGACAAAAAUGGUGAUGUGUGCAUCUCUAUCCUUCAUGAGCCUGGAGAGGAUAAGUAUGGAUAUGAAAAGCCAGAGGAACGCUGGCUCCCAAUCCACACGGUGGAGACCAUCCUUAUUAGUGUCAUUUCAAUGUUGGCAGAUCCAAAUGGAGACUCACCAGCCAAUGUAGAUGCAGCGAAAGAAUGGAGGGAAGACCGUAACGGUGAAUUCAAAAGGAAAGUUGCCCGCUGUGUAAGAAAAAGCCAAGAGACUGCCUUUGAGUGACGCGUGUUCUUCUGGAAGUUUCACUCUUCAGGCAAGUGAGAGAGAGGUAAUGGAUCAAAGUCUAGGUCAAUGGUGGCCAACCUGUAGCCCAAGGGGCCGUCAAGAAGCGGCCCCCGAACAUUCACACAAUUCUAGGUAAGUCCGUAUUCGAUCGGUAGAGAUCAGUUUUUUUAUGAGUGUUGGCCACCACUGGUCUUGGUGUAUCCUCACCAGCACUGACUGCUCCAGGGAUGCUCUUGAUUUUAUUUCCCCUGUUUUGUAUUCUCUCGAGUACACAUUUUUACAACCUAAAUCACGGGGAAACAUUAAUCAGUAACUGUUGUAAUGAUUAACCUAUAAAUCUGAACUAACUUAAUGUGUGCAAAGUAGCUCCUGGACCCAGGUAGCAUUCGUGUCUGGACUAUUGUCGUCCUAUUUAUAUCGAUCCAAAUACUGUGUGUAUUGUAUAAAAGUGAGCGAGAAUAUUGAGUUGCUAACACACAGUAUGUACUGCUAUUCCAUAGGGUGCAGGAUGAAGAAGUAAUUGCUCUUAUUUCACACGAAGUGUCAUGGCCUUCUUAGCAAAUGCCCCAGGGAGACUGCACAUGUUUCCUUUGGAGCUUGUAGUGGCAUGGAGCUUAUUCUAUUCUUCCCCAAGUUUGUUUUUUGGCCAAACGCACAGCUAAAUAUAGUUGUAUGUCCUUCAAGUGAUGACUUUCAGCACAAUGCACUGCCUCCAGGAAAGUUUAUUCUGCUGGGCUGGAGAGCUGGAUUUUCCAUGUCUAGUACAGACUGUAAGACAGUUUUGAAGGCUUAUUGUAAAAUGAUUGCAGGCGAAUGAAUCUUUCUGAAGAUUCUCAGAAUUAAUACCUUUUAUCUACAGCUGACUUGUCAAAACAUACGUUUCUUUUAGUUGUAAGACAGACAUAAGCCCUUUAAAGAAUAUGCUUUCUCUGGCACAGGCCACAUCAUUCUUACUGUAUAUUCUUUAGGUUUGUAUAGUACCGAAACCUUGUGAGCUCUACAGCCAUGCAAAUUGGGUUAAUCAAGUUAAAGUGUAAUUGCCUGAGGGAAUUCAAUUAGCUAAGCACUUUGUGCACCUCUCCCGGAUCAAAUUGAGAGUUCAGUAGGUGUUCUUGCAAACUAGUAGUUAUUUUGCUCAGUGCAUUGGGAGGGAAUCUUGGUGCAGUUCUGCAUUUGGCUUGAGAGAACCUACUGCUGAUCUACUGUUGUAUAGUCACUGCUAUAAUGUUUCUGGUGCUGGAAUUUUGUUGGUGGUUCUGAGAAACUGUAGGUUUGGAUGUUCUGAAACCCAUGGGAUUUUCUCACUAAACUGCAGAAAUCUUGGAGUCUCUGUUCACAUGAAGGUGGUGAAGAAACUGGUGUGCUUUCUGGGAUUUCGAUGCACAGCGCCCCACAACUUUGAUUCUGGGUUCUCUUGGAGCCAGAAUAAUAUUGUUAUGAUUCUCUAAGUGCAAAUCGCACCCAAAUAAUGAGAAUAAAAAGUUGAAUUUGCUGCUUUGACUUUUUAAAUAGAAAGAGUACAUGCAUCAAGCUUCUGAUUGUAUCUGUUGGGUUGUAGAGAUCCUCUCCUACUAUAAGGUCUAAUUUUGUCUUUCUGUGUUCAGAUACUAAGCAUUGCUUCAUCUCCCCCCCCCACCAACAACAAAUUGUACUUCACAGCAAAUGGGUGGGGGUAAUGUAAGCCCAUUUUGGCACUUAUGGGGGAGUAACUAGAUGAUGUAAUAGAUUGAAUUGCACAAUAACUAAUGGGGUGUUUUGAG